GCCAGAGAUCCGCUCGGGCAAAACAUCGAGAAAUUUUAACAUUUGAGGAUGGUGCGACAGUUGCUUCUCAUUUUCUCAGGGUUGUCCGUCUGUCUGUGUACUAAACUCCUCCGGGAGUACUACUUUGUAAACAGCUCGAAGACAUGGGCCGAAGCUCAGAAAUACUGCAGGAGCAUGUUCAACGACUUGGCCACCGUGGAAUACCAGGACGACAGCGACGAGCUGUGGAGCGUCCUCCCAGACAGCGAUCGGUAUGCGUGGAUUGGCCUGCACGAUGACCCCAGCAGGUGGAAGUGGUCAAAGGGAGACGAAGACUUCAAUAGCAGAGUAGAUUACAAAAACUGGAGAGACGCUCAACCAGACAGCAAACAUUCCUCGCAGGCAUGCGUGUUGAUGGCCUAUAAUGGGAAAUGGUAUGACAGGAGCUGCGAGGCAAAAAGAAACGUACUCUGCCUUAACGAAAAAAGAGGCUCCAGGUUCAUUUCAGUUGAAACCAAGAUGACGUGGGAAGAAGCCAAGAACUACUGCCGGUCCAAAUACACAGACCUGGCUGUUGUGCGGAACAAGGAGGAAAAUAAAGAAAUUACCAGCCUGAUACGAAGCAAACACUGGAUCGGCCUCUACAGAGAGGUGUGGUCCAGCUGGUCUGACCAGACCCCAGCCUCUUUCACCAACUGGGCCCAAAGCCAGCCCAACACCAACACCAGCACCGCAAUGUCGUGCGCGGCGGCGGACGCCCCCACGGGGUCCUGGUGGGACGUCGACUGUGAUGAACAGCAUCCUUUCAUCUGCCAAAAUGUGUCUCUUCCACCAGUCAGGAAACAAACCACGUUCAGGCUGAAGUUCAAGCUCGAGGCCAACAUCACUCGCCGCCUCCUGAAGGAGCAAAUCUUGAAGCAGUUGCAGGAAACGCUGGAGACGAAUGAAGGAUCAAACGUCACGCUCCACUGGAAUGAGAGAGAGGGGGAGGUUUUCCAGGGCCAAAAAAAGGAUAAAGGUUGGGGAUGCUGAGGUGGUGAUUGUGCUUCAGUCUUCUUUGAUCAACAUCCGUAUUUACUCCUGUAUGCCAUGGUUUCAUAUCGCGUCUACAUGACAACAUUUCAAGUGAAAAAUAAUCAUUUUUUAAAUUUUGAUUAGAAAACUUUCUCAUUCAAGCAUUUUAAAUAUGAUGUAAUUAACACGACAAUCCACAAGUUGGCGCUGUUUGUUGUUUUUGCAAUGGAACCACACACUUGCACAGAGAACAAUAGGCUAUAAACAUGAUCAAGAGCGAGUCCACAGAUGACCAAGUCAGUGGUUUCACACUUUCAGCUCAUCUGUUGCUUUGCACAGUUUGGAGAAGAUAUUCCCCAGAUUCUAUCUGCACGCUGUUAGUUUGAAAAAUGAAAACAUGUUUUUGUUUGUGGUGAAUUUUAAUGUUUCAUGAGUCUCAUUUCUAAGUCCUUUGAAAAGUCUUGUGAAGCUUGAUGUUUUGGCUGCAUUCCUCUGGCUUUAAAGCGUGUGAUCGGGAACCAGAGCGGACGAUCAGAACCGCGUUCAUUACAGAAGAGUCUUCAUUUCAAAAGGGAUUUUCUCUUUGCGUGUGGUAAUA